UUACUUAGAACAUUACGGCCAUGUUACUAAAAGUUGAUCAGUAUGAAUGUUUUUGCGUAGACAAUGAACUACCUUAUCACUUUUAUAGUUGUUAUUAAAAGUAUAUCAUCUUUUUUUGUCAAAGGAUCUCAUGCUAAAUACGUCGAAGGUCAUUUAAUUGUUGCUGAGAGAUGGUAUUUUGUAGCUAGAUUCUGUUUUCUAUCGGAACACGGCCAAUUCGAAUAUUUCAUAGAAUAUGGGAAGGACUAUGCUGUACAAAAUUUAUUGUUAUACUACGAUACAGAUAAUCAAUGGCCGUCCGUAUACAAAACAAAAAAAACCUGCGAGGAGAAAGAAUUAGCUCUCAACGUCGGUCAAAAUCAAAUUAUCAAUCUCACUGAUCAUGAUGCAUCUUCAGGAUGUGUGCUGUCCAAAAAUUACCACAAUACAAAAAGUGGCGUAAUUUCAUGUCACACUACGAGGAGGUUUCAUAGUGCCAGACCUAGAUGGUGGUUUUUGGCGAUAAGCCAUUGCAAUGCAACCAAUGGUUUAAACCUGAAGUACAAAUUUUUGAUGACCAAUGGUUCUCCUGGUGAGCUAUGGAAAGAGCAUUUUUCAGCAGAUGAAUUUUAUAUUUUGCCUUUGUUAUUUACUUUUUUUGUUAUGUACAUUUUGAUUCUAUUGGCUACGAUUGGAUGUUCAAUUGAAUUGAAAUCGAGACAACUGUUACAUUCGACUUAUAAAUUAUUCACUUUGUCAGUAGUAUUUCAAGAGAUUGGAAUAAUAUUAUUGUGCGUGGCGUAUAUUCGUUAUGCUAUUGAUGGGGUUGGAUUUCCCGGCAUAAAAACCUUAGGCAGAAUGUUCGAAUCAGCAAGCGAAAUAUCUUUCUUAUUAUUACUUUUAUUGUUGGCGAAAGGAUAUACUAUCACUCGAGGUCGUCUGAGGUUAGCUUCCAGCGUUAAACUCACCAUAUUCAUGUGUGCCUAUGUAGUUACUACAUUGGGGCUGUUCAUUUUUGAGCAACAUGUAUUUGAUCCUGGUGAAGUACUUUAUCUAUACGAAAGUCCAGCUGGAUACGGAUUAAUGAUAUUAAGAGUAGCAGCUUGGUGGAUUUUUGAAUAUUCGACUGUUUUCACCUUGAAACAUUAUCCAGAAAAAUCCAACUUUUACUAUCCAUUCAAUUUGAUGGGAACAUUAUGGUUUAUUGCUGGACCUUGUUUCACACUUAUAGCGAAUAGUUUGAUUGAUAAAUGGAUAAGAGAAAGUGUUGUUUAUGGUGUAUGCCAUUUUAUUGCAAUAAUCGGACACAUUCUAUUUUUUUUGCUCACUGUACCCAGCAAAGCGAAUAAGAAUUUUCCAUAUCACGUGCGAACAUCUCAAAUAGGUGUUAUGGAAAUGACAGGAGUGUCCGGAAACAAUAGUUUAUAUAAUUUUGGACACCAUCCAUAUGCGCCUUAUGCAACUCCGGUAUCAUUAAUGGAGGCAGAGAGAUCCAGAAUAUGUUCUCCGCACGUGCCGGUUGAUUUAUUCUCGGUCCAUCCUUCAUCUACAUUGGUUUGUAAAAGUACCACAGAGCCUGUGAACAACGGCGAUGUUGAAAUGCUACCCCAAAAUAGCAAGAAUGUGACCGAUACACCGGUUGAAAUUACAAACGAUGAACCUGCACAGACACCAAAAAUGGAUCAAAUGAAUCAUUUCUCUUCGACAGCUCCUUGUUCUGCGACAGAUCGAAUUUUCACAGUAGAUCGGUUCAUCGCUCCAGCAUUACGUGGCAAUAAUCGAACCCUAUCGGCUUAAGGCAUGGUAUUUUGCAUUUUCUAUUCAUUUCUUACUAUGUAAAAUAAAACGUUCGUUUUUCAUUUUUUUAAUAAAUAAUUCAAAAACUAACAGCAUUCGUGUCUUCAACUGGAAUUUAUCUAUUUAUCACGUAAUUUUUUCAUUUUUAUUUGUUACAAUUGUUGUUUUUUACUCAAAUAAUAUUUUUCUUUGAAAUAAAAAAUUUAUAUCCAGAUACCUAUUCAA